AUACCGUCUUUAUCUUGGAGUCCAGCGUCAUUUUGCAAAUGUGUGGUAUCAUUUCCCUCAACAGCUCAAGACAGAAUUAUACUUCAGUUCCUCAGUUCUACAUUUUUACAGAGGUAGAAACACAGCUCUGAACUUUUUUUUUCUUUUGUCUGUUUUCCUUUUCUUUCUUUUUUGGAAGCCCUGCUGAAAGAGUUGAGACAGUUUUGUAUUCUACCAUGCAUAACUACAGACUAGCACUCACCAGUGAACUACAGAAGGAUGGUAAGAUACUAGACAUCUCUUCAUUUUAGAGGGAACAUGGAAACAUCAUUUGUCUUGUUUUCUCAAUUAAAUAUGUGUGAAACAAAAGAAAAAGCUUUUUUCAAGUUAAUACAUGGUGGUCUAGGAAAAGAAGAAGCAAGCAAAGAGGCCAAAACCAGAGCCAAGGAAAAAAGAAAUAGGCUAAGUCUUCUUGUACAGAAACUUGACUCACAUGAAGAGACCCACUCCAGUAGAUUUGGGGCCUUGUCCAAAGAAUUGAGAGUCUCCCCUGAAGAAGCAGUGAAAUGGGGUGAAUCAUUUGACAAACUGCUAUCCCAUAGAGAUGGACUGGACGCUUUCACCAGAUUUCUUAAGACUGAAUUCAGUGAAGAAAAUAUCGAAUUUUGGAUAGCCUGUGAAGAUUUCAAGAAAAACAAGGAACCUCAACAAAUUACACUUAAAGCAAAAGCAAUAUAUGAGAAAUUUAUACAGAGUGAUGCUCCCCAAGAGGUUAACCUUGAUUUUCACACCAAAGAAGUCAUUACUAAGAGCAUCACCCAACCUACCCUCCACAGUUUUGAUGCUGCACAAAGCAGAGUAUAUCAACUCAUGGAACAAGACAGCUACACGCGUUUUCUGAAAUCUGACAUCUAUUUAGAAUUGAUAGAAGGAAGACCUCGGAGACCAACAAAUCUUAGGAGACGAUCACGCUCAUUUACCUAUAAUGAAUUCCAGGAUGUGAAAUCAGAUGUUGCCAUUUGGCUAUAAGGAAAAUUGAUUGAUCUCAUUUUGAUGUCAAAUCAAUAUAACACAGUGUCUUUAAAGACAUUAGAAGACAGAGGUGGAUUGAAUUAGAUCAUUCUACUACCUUGCUUGUGGAUUUCAAGUUUUGCCUACCAGAUUACCAAGUGUUGUACAUAAUAGAAGCUCAAUAAGUGACUUUCACAUUAAAUACUACAAAACUACAAAAUGAAGCAUUAUGAGGGUGGUAGUGCAUUGCCCGGCCAGAGUAAAGGCUUUAACAUGAGGCAAAAGACAUACACAAGAGACUCACUAAAUUUAAUUCUAGCUCUGCUUACUUAUCAAAUAUAUGUUUGGAAAGUAACUUAAAUAUUCUACACUUCAAAAUUUAUUUUUAAUAUUAGAAUAAAACUUUUACAAUGUUCUUAUGAUGAUUAAAUUUUGAAAUAUUUGUAAAGUGCCAAGUAUAGAUUAAUUGACUUCAGUGUGUGGAUGAGAUUAUGGAAAUCAUUUCCUGUAUUUAAGUAUCACAUUUUAAUUAUAAUUUUUGCCUUGGUUACACAUCAAACAAAUGUUCUUUGAGAAUAAUAAGAUUUCCUUGAACAAAGUAUGCGGAUAACUAUUACUUUUAUAAAAACUUUUAUAAUUUUGCAGUGCAUAGAAAAGUAAAUCAUGAUAUUUUAACUAAAUUAAAAACUACAAAAACAUUUUAAAAGUUUAAAUAUUUUUCUAAAUUCACAAAGAAAAAUCUGAACUAUUUAAUUUUUACAAAGCAGUCCUUCCUUAGGAGAAAAAAGAACAAAUCAUAUUGAAGAUAUAUAUCUCCAAAAUGCUCACACUUAGCUAUGCUGCUAACUAAGUUUAAACACAUCAAUUUUAUUUUCAUUGUGCUAUAUUAACUGGUCUUAUAUUUAGUGUCCUGACUUUGUAAUUAUUAUCUAUCUUAAGAAAAAAUAUAUAACCACACAAAUUUAUUCCACAAUAUAUGUAUUCAACUAUGUUAACUGAACCAUAAAAAUAAAAGGUAAUAUGUUAAAAUAAAUUUUCUGCAACAUAUUUAAUGAAUGGACAAAUAUUUAAUGAACAAAUUUUAUUUGGUACUGAUCAUCACUGGAUGCUCAGAAGUGAAUCUAACAGGAGUGAUAGAGAAAAAGGAAGAGAGAAAGAAACUUUUCUUUUUCCAGAAAGACUAGAGUUUUUGAUAGUUUGAACUCCAGAAUACACAGCCAUAUGAAAGCCAUGCUUUGAACCAAUCAUCCUUCAUCUUUACCUCAGAGAGCAAAUCCACCUAUGACUGAUCACGUGGACCAUCACUCACCUUUCCUUGCAUAUGCACAUGUAUCAAUCAAUGCAUUUUACCUAAAUUUUGUUUUUUGUUUGGUUUGAUUUGGUUUGGUUCAUUUCAUUUUAUUGGUUGUGCCUUAUAAAACUCAUAAUUUUUUAGAAAAAAACUUAAAAUGUUUAUUAAAAGCAGCAUUAGUAGUAAAACAUUGCAUGUGAAAAAUAUAAAACUCUUUACAAGCUCUGAUUUUAAAGGAUAAAAUCAUUUCACAGUAAACACACAUGCUUAUAUGGUGUUUUACUUACUAAUUAAAUUUUCUGCAGCAGAAAUGAAAUUUUAAAAGGAAAUAUUUUAAAUAUCAGAAACUUAGAAUAAAAACCUACUAAUUUUUUGAUAGUCCA